AUGGGCACCUUUGACCUGUGGACUGACUACCUGGGACUGGCACGGCUGGUUGGGGCUCUGCGUGGGGAAGAGGAGCCUGAGGCCAGGGUGGGUCCCCAGCCCGAGCUUUCAAAGAACAUGGCGCCAGAACCAGCAAUCCAGAAACUGAACUCAGAAGCCACAGCCACCCCCGAGCGGCUGUGCUCCUUCUGCAAGCACAAUGGCGAAUCGCGGGCCAUCUACCAGUCCCAUGUGCUGAAAGACGAGGCCGGCAGGGUGCUGUGCCCCAUCCUGCGUGACUAUGUGUGUCCCCAGUGUGGGGCCACCCGGGAGCGUGCCCAUACCCGCCGCUUCUGCCCACUCACCGGCCAGGGCUACACCUCUGUCUAUAGCUACACCACGCGCAACUCAGCUGGCAAGAGGGUGGCCCGGCCGGACAAGGGGAAGACACAGGACACCGGCCACCACCGCCGAGGAGGAGGAACAGCAGCAGCAACAGCAGGUUCCAAAGGUGUCGGAAAGGUGAAUGCACCUUCGUCCUCCGCUUGCAGUCCCACCACGUCCGUCUAGGAGGAUGGCGCGGAGACAGGGCGCUGCUUCCAUCAGAGACCCAUCUUGGCAGAGGCGGGACUCCAAGAGAUGCGUC